GAAUACUAGAAGCCCACUUAGACAUCGAACUCUGCAAGACAGUCCUUUUAUUAAAAACCCUAGAAGAGCCUAAUUAGGGUUCUUGGCCAUUCUCGGACACACACUCUCCUCCUCCCCCUUUCCCUUUCGUUUGCCGCCGCGGGGUGACGUUCCAAUGGCGUCGGAGAAGAAGCUCUCCAACCCCAUGAGGGAAAUCAAGGUCCAGAAGCUCGUCCUCAACAUCUCCGUCGGCGAGAGCGGAGAUCGCCUCACCAGAGCCGCCAAGGUGUUGGAGCAGCUCAGCGGUCAGACCCCUGUUUUCUCCAAAGCUAGGUACACUGUUCGCUCUUUUGGAAUCAGGCGUAAUGAGAAGAUCGCAUGUUAUGUCACUGUGAGGGGUGAAAAAGCAAUGCAGCUUCUGGAGAGUGGUUUGAAGGUGAAGGAAUAUGAGCUCCUGCGAAGGAACUUUAGUGACACUGGUUGCUUUGGUUUUGGUAUCCAGGAGCACAUUGAUCUUGGUAUUAAGUAUGACCCUUCGACUGGUAUUUAUGGAAUGGAUUUCUAUGUUGUGCUGGAACGACCUGGUUACAGAGUCGGCCGUCGUCGGAGGUGCAAGUCUCGUGUCGGGAUCCAGCACAGGGUCACCAAGGAGGAUUCCAUGAAGUGGUUCCAGGUUAAAUAUGAAGGUGUUAUCCUUAACAAAUCCCAGAAUAUCACCGGCUAGGCUCUUAGAUUCUAAGAAGUCUGCUUGCUCUCCCUUCAUUUGUUCAAGUCCCGAAUUAGUAUCUUGUCUCCCUUUUUUCUCAGGAAUAGAUGUUUCUAUGCAUCAGUUUUGCUUAUGAAGAACAUGUUUUUGUGCCACCUCUUUCAUUGUUUCAUGCUCGGUUUCGAUGGUC